AUGGUCUACUACGGCGCUCUAAGUAAAGGCUGUGAACUGUGCCGUCGCCGGAAAAUCAAGUGCGACGAGCGAAAACCGAGCUGUCGGAAAUGCGAGAUCUCGAAUAGACCAUGCCCGGGGUACCGCGAUCUAACUGCCAUUUCCUUUCGCGAUGAAUCGUCUCGCGUGAUACGCAAAAGCUGCCGACAAAGCGCGCCGCGUUCAACGAUCGGAGGAGGAGGCGGAGGAGACAGUAUAAUCUGCACUCCGUCGUUAUCCUUUCCAACUGCAGAUCUUGCGGCGGGAUUCUUCUUCGCAAAGUACAAUAUCUACAACGGGCCUUAUUUCUCCAGUAUAUCGCAUGACUGGCUGCGCGAGGUCUAUGUAAAGGAUCCGACGUGCCAUGUCCUGCAGACCGCCAUUGAGGCUGUUGGUCUAGCGGGGUUGUCCAAUACAUUAUAUGCACCUCAUUUGGCUGCUCUGGCUCAGGAUAGAUAUGGCAAGGCGCUAGCAGGCUUGGACGGGGCGUUGCAGGAUCCGUGCAUUGCGACUCGGGAUACGACGCUCAUGGCGGUUAUAUUGCUCGGUCUAUUUGAGGUGGUCGCGUCUGAUGCAGGGGACGAAAGUCGGUUUUGGAUAGCGCACGCUGCCGGGGCUAUGGCUUUACUACAGCUUCGAGGGCCUGACCAGUUUGCGCGACCGCGAGGAGGACAACUGUAUGUUUUCACUCGGUCGCAGAUUCUGUCCGCCUGCAUGAUUCGGAAACUUCCAGUUCCUCCAGCACUGGUCAAUGUCACGUACGAGUUUGAGACCAGCACUCUCCGCCAACUGUGGAAGGAUAGCAACCUCGCGACACCUGGUUCAAUAAGCGAGAUAUGCUUUCGGCUGGUGAACCUCCGAGCGGUGAUUGCUGACAAAUCCUCUGAGGAUCCCGCUGCUAUUCGCGAACGGGCAUUCUCAAUUGAUGCAGAUCUUGAGGAUUGGAAAGUCAGUGCUGGAAUUAGAUGGACGUAUGAUGAGCUCUGUGCAGCAAGCUCUACGAACUCUACCUUGUUCAUGGGCAAGUACCAUCGCUACGCGAAUCUCUGGAUCGCGAGAGCAUGGCUGAAUUUCCGUGUCAUGAGGAUCGCCGUGAAUCAAAUAAUCAUCGAGAAUGCGGUCAAAUUUGAGUUUGCAGAUGAGAUUGUAUCUCGGGCUCGCUAUCUGGUGAGGGAUCUUUCCUCCGAGAUAUGCAUAUCCAUAUCGAGCUUUGAUGACAGUCCUCAUCUUCUCCAUGUCAUCCAACCUCUCUUCCUGGUUGCGGAGGAGCCACUCAAUCCAGCGUCGAUGCGAUCUUUCGCCGUGGAGCAGCUAUACCGGAUUCACAAAUCAACUGGUGUUCGACGGGCAGGCCGUCUGGCUGAGAUUGCAGCACGAUCUCUGUGA